UGCAAAACGUUAAAAACGUGCGUUGCGAACGGUCGAUUGUAUUUCUGCUCGUCUUGUUGUUGAUUUAUUCAAAAAGAAUAACAAAAGGAACUGAAUUUGUUUAAAAUUAUAAAUAAAUUGUUGUUGGGACACUUUUAUAAAUAGCCCAAAACGGAAACUAUGAAUUGAUUGUCUAUGAAGCGAUUGUCGAAAAGGUUUUUAUAUGUAAAACAGAUGAAAAAUAUUUAAUUAAAUACCAAAAGUGCCUAUUAGCCAAUGACAAGUCGCAUAGAAGCCUAAUCAGCGAUCAGCGUGAAGAGAGACGAAGAGAACAGAUUGAAACGAUGUCAUCAACGGGCACGGAUAGCACGAAACUCGGUGAUGUGGGAUUGAUUGAGGUGCAGCUGGACAGUCUCGAUUCGAGUCACAAUUUUACAGUGACAAAUGGCGGCACACCCGGAAUGAAAUCUCAGUCAGAUGGGCAACAGCAGCAACAGAAGAAUGUCUUCAAAUCGAAAGUCUUCAUUAUAGCCGUCACAUUCUCCUCCGUCCUGAUUGUGGCCAUGUGCAUUGGCUUUCUGGUGCACUAUGAAUUCUCUGGAGAUGUCAGUGACAUGGAAACGGUCGCCUUCUGGCAUGUCACAUUGCCACAGGAGCAACAGGUGUGGUAUGAUCGUGGCAUCGAUGAACUGAAACUGGCCCUGAAUCGUCAGCUGAAUCGUCGACGUGCCAAGAAUGUGGUGCUUUUUGUGGGCGAUGGCAUGGGACCCAAUACGGUGACAGCUGCCCGCAUCUAUGGCUUUAAGGAGGAGGGUCUGCUCAGCUGGGAGCAAUUUCCACACAUGGGUCUGCUCAAGACCUAUUGUGCCGACAAACAGGUGCCCGAUUCAUUCUCCACGGCCACAGCUCUAUUUGGCGGCGUCAAGGUCAACUAUGAGACGGGCGGCGUGGAUGCCAAUGUGCCCCUGGGCAACUGUACUGCCUCCCUGAAUGAGGCAAAUCACGUGCAGACCAUUCUCAACUGGGCUCAGGUCGAUGGCAUGCGCACGGGAUUUGUGACCACGACACGGGUGACACAUGCAACGCCAGCGGCACUUUAUGCCCAUGUCGCGGACAGACGUUGGGAGUGCGAGGCGGGCAUGCCGGCGGAGGCACAGCAGCAGGGUUGCUUCGACAUAGCCAGACAGCUGGUGGAGCAGUCAACAGGCAGGCAAAUCAAUGUCAUCAUGGGCGGUGGUCGCCAGAUGCUCGUCUCGAAUGUCAGCGGCACGGACGCUGAUCCUCUAGACACCUGGGCGGGACAUUCCGCCGACGGGCGCAAUCUCAUCAGGGAUUGGAGGCAGUACAAGGCGGAUCAAGGCGUCUCCCAUGCUGUGGUGCAAAACAAUGGUGAGCUGAGAAAUCUCGAUGGCCAAAAUACCGAUUAUGUUUUGGGCAUCUUUGCCAAUGGGCAUCUCAAGUACGAUCAUGAGCGGGAUCACAGCGAUGCUGGAAUGCCAUCCUUAAGCAAUAUGACGCUCAAGGCACUUGAGGUGCUGGGUAACAGUGAUAAGGGCUAUCUGCUUGUGGUCGAGGCGGGCAUGAUUGAUCAGGCACAUCAUCGCGGCACUGCUCGGAAGGCGCUCAGCGAGGUAAUGGCCCUAAACGAGGCUGUCCUGGCGGUGCAGGAGCAUCUGAAAGCCAAGGAUCAGUUGGAUGAGACGCUGCUGAUUGUGACCGCUGAUCAUUCGCACAGCUUGACCAUCAAUGGACAUCCGGAUCGUGGUGCUGAUAUUCUGGGCAUGGCGGGUAACUCCAAGACAGAGGGAACACCCUACACAACGCUCACGUACGGCACCAGCUACAAGGGCUUUCAGGUGGAUCCUGAAAAGCUGCAGCGACAAAAUCCCGCGCUAAGCGAUACAACCGAUUGGGAAUACACGCAACAGGCGGCGAUCAAUACAAAUGAGAAUCUGCACGGCGGCUCUGAUGUGACAAUACACGCGCGUGGUGCCAUGUCGUAUCUCUUCCAUGGCGUGCACGAGCAAAGUUAUGUGGCGCAUGUUAUUUCCUAUGCGCUGAGAAUCGGACGCUUCCGUGAUAGCACCAUUGCCGAAUCGCUGGCAGAGCUAAUGCCUUUGUAGCUUUAAAUCUCGCAUAAAAUUUGUUUUUUUUUUUGUUUCCCUUUACUUUAGAUAUUGUGAUAACGUUGUUUUUGUUUUAUAGCAAUAAGAGCAAAAUAAAAUGCAAUUGAGCAUUA